CUAGAGGGAGCCUCAGCAUGGACAUGGCUAAGGAUGGAGGAGGUCCUCUAGAUCUGAUUAAACUGACCACUGAUAAGCUCUCCACUGAUACUGUAUCUGACUCAGUAAAAUGUUCCUCCUGUGGAGCCAUUUCAUUGUUUAUUGGGACGACCAGAGAUAAUUUUGAGGGGAAGAGGGUAGUUCAGCUUGAAUAUGAAGCGUACGUUCCCAUGGCAGAGUCAGAACUGAAAAAAAUCUGCACUGAAAUUAGGGCGAGAUGGCCAAGCAUUCGGCACAUCUGCAUCCAUCACAGACUCGGUGUAGUUCCUAUUACAGAGGCCAGUGUUAUAAUUGGUAUUUCAUCACCACACCGUAGCGACUCACUGGAGGCUGUGAAGUACUGCAUAGACACUCUGAAAGCUACCGUCCCAAUUUGGAAAAAGGAGAUCUAUGAAUCAGAGGAGCCCUGCUGGAAGGAGAACAAGGAGUGUCUGUGGACAGGAAGUGGGGCUGGAGCAAAGCAUGCUGACCUUUAAACUUUAAACUGAGCCGCAGUGCUUUUAUCUAAUGUCUUAUCUACAGCCAAUCUACACAGCCCAGAGCAUGGAAUAUGUGUUUUAACUGAAAGCCACAGACAUUUUAAAGAUUUUAUUAUCAUUAAAUGAAUUACAAUAAAGCCUUAAGUAACAAAAAAGUAA